AGCGAACUGACAGAAAGUCAGGCACGUAAAAAACAUCGAUACCUACGUACUAGGAAUGGCGAAUGUACCGAGUGUCGUUUAUGUGCUUUUAUUAUAUGUAUUUGUCACAGGAACUGUACUUUCCAAUAAAAGUAAAAAUGUUCUUAUACUAUUGGCGGACGAUGGUGGGUUCGAACUGGGAGUGUACGGUAACAAAAUUUGUCAGACACCAAACAUCGAUGCCCUAGCGCGGCGCAGCGUCAUAUUCAACAAUGCUUUCACUUCUGUCAGCAGCUGCUCGCCCAGUCGCGCGGCGCUAUUGACUGGGCAGCCGAGCCACCGCAAUGGCAUGUACGGGCUGCACCACGGCAUCCACCACUUUAGUUCUUUCGACAACGUCACCAGUUUACCAAAUCUGCUUAGGGAUCAUGGAAUUUACAGCGGCAUCAUCGGCAAGAAGCACGUGGGGCCGGGCAGCGUGUACCGGUUCGACUACGAGCAGACGGAGGAGAACAACCACAUCAACCAGGUCGGCCGCAACAUCACCCACAUGAAGCUGCUGGCGCGGGAGUUCCUCAAGCAAGCCAAUGACAAGAACACGCCGUUCUUCCUAUACGUGGGUUUCCACGACCCGCACCGGUGCGGGCACAGCGAGCCGCAGCUGGGCGCGUUCUGCGAGCGCUUCGGGUCGGGCUCGCCCGGCGCCGGCCGCAUCGCCGACUGGACGCCCUGGUACUACCAGUGGGACGAGGUGCAGCUGCCCUACCACGUGCAGGACACGGAAGCCGCUCGGCGUGAUAUUGCAGCGCAGUACACCACAAUGUCAAGACUCGAUCAGGGAGUAGCGCUUAUCCUCAAAGAACUAGAAGCAGCGGGUCACGCGGAUGAUACACUGGUAAUCUACACGUCGGACAACGGCAUCCCAUUCCCAUCCGGUCGUACAAACUUCUACGACCCUGGUGUCCGAGAGCCGCUGCUCAUUUCCUCGCCUGAAGCUGGUGCGAGGAGGAAUCAGGUCUCGUACACCAUGGUCAGCUUGCUGGACAUCUUCCCCACGGUGCUGGACUGGUUCGGCCUCCCCUGGGAGGAGGAUAGCAGUAACGAUAUCUGGCAUGAUGAUAAACCCAAGAGCUUGCUGCCUAUAUUGGAGAAAGAGCCGCCGGCGUCCCCAAGCGAGGCGGUAUUCCUGUCGCAGACGCAUCACGAGGUGACGAUGUACUUCCCGAUGCGCGCGGUGCGCACGCGCACACACAAGCUGCUGCACAACCUUAACUUCGCCAUGCCCUUCCCCAUCGACCAGGACCUCUACGUCUCACCUACCUUCCAGGACAUCCUGAACCGCACGCGCAGCAAGCAGCCGCUGGCGUGGUACAAGACUCUGAAGCAGCACUACUACCGGCCGCAGUGGGAGCUCUACGACCUGCACGCCGACCCCGAGGAGCUGCAUAACCUGCACGGUAAGCCGUCAGUAGCGCAGCUGGAGCGCACACUGCGCGAGCGGCUGCACAGCUGGCAGCGCGACUCGCGCGACCCGUGGCUGUGCUCGCCCGGCGCCGUGCUCGAGCGGCCCGCGCCCGACCACGCGGACCCCCGCCCCGGGGACAGCGCUGUUUGCCGCUCGCUUGACAACGGACUCAUGCACUAUCACAAGCACUGAUCAUAACAGCGGGAAUCAUGACGUUUCGUUCGUUUUUGAGUUCGCGUAAUAGGUACCUACUACCUACAUAAUGCACACUAAAAAUAUUUAGGACUUUUUCUCAAAGAAAAUAAGUUUCAUUUUUUAUAAUUAGGAAUGUUGCUUGGUGCACAAAUCUAGAGUCAUUGAGCUAUUCAAUAUCUAGACCUAGAGUAUACAUUUUUACAAAAUUGCACUAUGGUGAUAGGUGAACAAGGUUUAAGAUUUUAGAAUUUAGUAAAUCGUUGAUUCAAAUAUAUUAGAAGAAUGUAUUAUUUUGAAAUAACGGUAUUGACUUUCUCAUUAUUAGAUACUUAAUAAUAUACUGAUGUACAUUCUAGUGUGUGUUUUCUUAUUUCUUAGAUUUUGCUGACGCUUAUAAUUAUUUUCGAAAUGACUAAUACGUUUUUAUACCUCACGUUCUAAACUCUAUCUUGCCUUGAUUAUAAUUUAAUUGGUGACCGAAUUUAUCGGUGCCUGCAGCCUACCAUAUGAGUAGGUACCUAUGGUACCUAUAUAUUGAGAAUCUAUUAAAAUAAUUAUAAUUAGAGAUGAUGCAUUGAUAUAAUAAUAUUAUGUCUUGUAUCAGAAUAGUAAUAAGAAUAGUGAUUAAUUUAUCUCGUAUUCAAUUCUUUAUGAAAAUAACAAAAGUUCUAAAUCUCAGUUAAGACUUGUCAUAUUAUUUAGGUGUUUAUAGAAAAUUUAAACACUUUAUAUGGAUGUAAUGUACCCAGUGUACCCACAAAUAAUUAUUGUGAUAAUAAGAUUUAAAAUAAUGAACUUUGAAAAUGGGGACACUUAGUUUUCGUUAUUAUUAACAUUAGGUAUAUUUUAUUGUAGAUACAAAAUGGUUACUUAUUAGAUAUUUUAUUUUUUACAUUAUCAACUUGUGAAGUUUCAUACUAUCCAUAACCCAAGUAAUUCAUUAAAAUCUUGCUCCCAUUGUUAAAAAUGCUACUUAUACUGUAUUUUUUAUUUUAGUUCAUUCAUCUGCGAAUGUAUGUAACUGCGAAAAACUACAUAUACGAUGAUCUAUUUCAUAAGAUUCGAAUUUGUUAUAGAUUUGGGAAAAUUACGUACCCUACUUAUACUAUGUAUAAAAGAUUGUUAAUUGUUAUAAGUCGAUAUAUCUCAAAUUUUAAUUAGAAUAAGUAUUCAACAUUAUAUUGUUAACACUUUUUAUCAUGAAAUUAAAUAAAGUUAAAUAAUUAAAACAA